UCUGCUUACAUGAUAAUGUAAAAUUCUUGUUUUCUUUAGUACUCUUCUGCCCUCUGUUCAAGGUCAUGUAGCUAAGUUUAGCAGCAAACACCAUCCAAUAGAGCAGACUGGAUGAUGAGAAUAUGUUAGCUGACUGUGACACAACAUUAGCUCCCUCAGCUGAGCUACCAAAUGUUACGUUAUUUGUUAGCUCGUGGAAUGUUGGAGGCAUUGCACCACCCAACGACUUGAACAUGGAGGACUUGCUCGAUACUCAAAAUGACUUGGCUGAUAUUUAUGUUCUCGGGUUUCAAGAAAUUGUACCUCUGAAUGCUGGAAGCGUUAUAGUGCCAGAGAAUACAAAUUUAUGCAUGCAAUGGAAUUCUCUUAUUGGCAAAGCUCUGAACAAGAUAGCUGUCAACAACAUCACCCUUCAGAAGGCAGAGGAAGAAGAAAGUCAAAAGGUUUACCCACUACAGAAAGGGAGUUCCUUGAAGUUCAAUAUGGAAAACUCAACACAAUUUGAAUGCAUAAUUAGCAAGCAAAUGGUGGGAAUUUUUAUCACCAUAUGGGUGCGAUCUCCACUCCUUCCCUAUAUCAGUCAUACAAGUGUCUCCAGUGUAGGCUGUGGUAUUUUUGGCUACCUUGGAAACAAGGGUUCAGUGUCGGUUAGAUUUUGGUUGCAUGAAACAAGCUUCUGCUUUGUGUGUAGUCAUUUGGCUUCGGGAGGAAAAGAAGGAGAUGAGAGACAGAGAAAUGCCGAUGCCUCCCAAAUACUAUCACGCACAAAAUUUCCUUGUGACUCAUUUCAGUAUUUGCCAAGAAAAAUUCUACAGCACGAUAGGGUGAUUUGGCUAGGCGACCUGAAUUAUAGGAUUUACUUACCGGAAGCCACAACAAGAUCAUUAGUCAACGAAGGGCAGUGGAGCAUCUUACUACAAAAGGAUCAGCUGAAGGCCGAGCUAAGAGAAGGCUGUAUUUUCAAAGGUUGGCAAGAGGAAGAAAUUGAGUUUGCGCCAACAUAUAAAUAUUUUCCAGAUUCUGAUGAAUAUUAUGGCUGCAGUCAGAACAGAAAAAGGGGAAAGAGUCGAGCCCCAGCUUGGUGCGAUCGCAUUAUAUGGUUUGGCAAGGGACUGAAGCAAAGCCAGUAUAAUAGAGGUGAGUUCAGAUUGUCAGACCACAGACCAGUACGGGCAAUUUUCAUGGCAGAGGUCAAGGUUCCAUCACCAUUAUAUUAGAGGACUUGGAAAGCCUUGUUGUACAGUUUUGACCACUUGUGAAGCACUUCUAAAUUUCUAAUAAUGACAAUAGUGAUUAUUGUGUAUGGUAAAUAUACUGAAACACCAGAAGUAUUCAAACAAAAACACCAGCAGAACACAAUAAGUGGAAAAAAAGACAGUGAAAAAAGAAAUUAAGAGCCUAGAAUUUGGGUCCAAAGUGAUGAGGUAAAUUUGGCCACUUGCUGACAUUUCGUGUUAUAGGUUUCUCUUUUGUUGCGAGAGUAAGGGAGAAGCAAGGGGAUGAUGAAUUUUCUGGCUGAUUCAUUUCAAGAUUUCUUUUUGUUGCAAAUAAGAGAAACGAAAAAGAAAGGGAUUGUGGAAAGGUGAGGCAAGCAUAAUUUUGUUGAAGUAUCUUUUAGGAACAUGGAAGCUAUAUUGAUCCAGAAAAGGAAAUACACGGUUCAUAUCAGAAUAGAUGUGGCAACAGAAACUAUAAAAUGCACCGAUCAAAAAAGAAACGACAAAAUGCAUGUAAAUUGUACCUUAACAAAUAAAGUACAAAUGUUUUCACUAGGACAGAGAGUUUGCUAUUUGCACUUUCAUUACACAAUAGCAGAAAGGGAAAGCACAAACUGCUGGUAUUUGUUCUAUUGUUAUAAACAACGGGCAAGUUCAUAAGAUGCAAACCACCCUGCCCCAACCAGCACCAAUUAUAGAAAGACAAGAUUAGUCAACAUUCAGGUCAUUCUAUCAAGCAAAUGUUUAGCAUGAGAAUAAAUACAAACAGAACAACACCCAAGUAGCAUCUGUCCAACUGAACAAGCUUGCUUCACUUCAUCCUUAUUCCUGGGAACACCAUAGCUUUAAUUUUUUGUUGAACUUCCAUCUAGUUCUUUUGUGCUCACAUCACUGUUUGCUCUUUAUUUUAGAUUAUUAUUGUUAGUAGUUGCAAAUAGUAUCAGCUCAAGGGUAUCGUAUGAACUCACCGUGGCAAGAAAAGGCUGUAGAGAUCCAAUGCUAUGCCUGUGUCUGUUGAUUCCACUUAGGUAUUUGAAGUAAAGUUUACUGUUUAUUAGCAAUUGAUUAAUCCUUUUACCACUCAGUUGCCUACUAACACAAAUACAACGAACA